CCAGCGUGCCCCGCGCGCUCCCGGCAUCUCCCCUGCCUGGUCCCCCCCGUCGCCGUCCUUCACCGCGGCCAAGAUGGCGACGGCCACGAGCAUCAUCCGGCGCCUGCGGAACUUCCUGGCGGGGCGGGACAUCCAGGCCAAGCUGCCGCUGCGCUACACGGAGAUCGCCAAGAGAACACAGCCGCCGCCUCGGCUGCCGGUGGGGCCCAGCCACAAGUUCGCCGAUAACUACUACUGCCUCCGGGACGGGCGCCGGGAGUCCUUCCCGCCCAUCGUGGUGGCGGCUGCACGGAAAACCCUCGCCGCGGGGGCUCAAGCUGGCGGUUCAGACUCUGCGGUGGCAACAGCUGAGAAAAAACCGGUGACACCAGGACCAGCUUUGAAGAAGUGGGAAAUCUCGAAAGACCAACCCUAUUUGUGAGGAAUAAACACGGUGAGAUUGCACAUACAGACCCCAGGUCAUCACAAAGCAGCUCCCUGGUGGGAGUUGCACUGGGUUUUGCUUCAGUGACGCUGCACAGGACUUGUUCCAGCGCUGCUGCUGUGUGAAUAAUAAAUGUAUUUAAAGUUGUGAUCAGCCCCCACA